AUGGAGCCGGCAGACACGGACAGCAAAGAGGAGCAAGCGCCCCAGAGGCUCACGGAGGACGCGAGGAGCCCUUGCGGCUCCCAGGUUCCCCAGGCCUCGGGCGACUCCUCGCAAGCGGCCACGUGCUCCCGCGAGCCCCCUGGGCAGCCCCUGCAGCUGCGGCCCCUGCGUGGCAGAACCUCAGGCUGUCAGAGCCCCUGCAUCCUGCCAGGAGCCUCUGCAAUCUCUGACAGCCUCCACCCCUCGCAGAGGCUCAGUGAGACCUGUCAGCCUGCAGAAGGUGCAGAGCCCGUGGACAGGUCUCCCAGCUCCCUUGGACUCGCGGACUUCAACAACACGGGCCCAAUCCUGACCAUUGACGUGGCAGGGGAAAGCCCAGAAGUCCAAAUGGGAGCCCAGCCCGAUGCAGGGGAGCCGUCUCAGGAGAAGCUGGCGGAGCAGCAAGCGUCCUGGAGCCGGCAGUGGUCAUCCCACAGCGGCCAGGACGCUGUGCCGGUUGUGCCAGCUGGCGACAGCUCGAGCCUGGUGGUGGAGACCAGCCUCCAGACACCAAGGAGGUUCCUCCAUCUCCAGGAAGCUGCCCCAAGAGAGCCCUCGACUGCCAGGAAGGGCUUUCUAAUAGCAGCUGCUCCUGGGACGCCCCUGUGUGAAGCCUCGGGCUGUAGCCCCGGCCCUCGUCAAGAGGAGAGUCCAGCCCACGACGCCGGGGACGACGACGGUGCCGCCCUGCCCCGCUGCACUGGAGCUCCUGCAGCCGCCUGUGCGCGCGGCCCUGGCCCAGCUCUGCCGCUCGCCAGCCCGUCGGCCGCCGGGCGGCAGCCACUGCCCGGCGCGCAGCAGGAAGCAGGGCAAAAGAAGCAGCUGCAGGAGCUGUACCAGCUGGGCCCGCAGCUGGGCAGCGGUGGCUUCGGCACCGUUUUCUCGGGCAUCCGCCUCUCCGAUGGGAGCCCGGUGGCCAUCAAACGUGUGGCCCGGCAGAGCGUCCUGCAGUGGGUCGAGCUGCCCGACGGCACCCGCGUGCCCAUGGAGAUCGUGCUUAUGGAGAAGGUGGGCUCUGACUGCCACAACAUCAUCCAGCUCCUCGACUGGUUUGAGCUGCCUGACAGCUUUGUGCUGGUGAUGGAGCGUCCGGAGGCAUCGCAGGAUCUCCUGCAGUUCCUGCAGGAGCACGAGUUCCUGUGCGAGGAGAUGGCGCGCUGGCUUUUCUACCAGGUGCUGGAGGCCGUGCGGCACUGCACCGCCUGCGGCGUCCUGCACCGGGACAUCAAGCCAGAGAACCUCCUCGUGGUCCCGGAGAGUGGCGACCUGAAGCUCAUCGACUUCGGUUGCGGCACCUUCCUCCAGGAGCAGGUCUUCACGCGGUUUGCCGGAACGCACGCGUACAGCCCGCCCGAGUGGAUCUGCCUUGGCUGCUACCACGGCCAUGGGGCGACCGUCUGGUCCCUGGGCGUACUGCUGUACGUCAUGGUCUGCGGGAGCCUCCCCUUCAGGGACGACCAUGACAUCGUGCUGGGGCAGCUCUUCUUCUGGCAGCAGGUCUCUCCAGAGUGCCAACAUCUGAUCCAGUGGUGUUUGGCCAAGCACCCUGAGGACAGGCCAGAGCUGGAGGAGAUCUUGCGCCACCCUUGGGUGCAGGGCAGGCGUUUUUGAUGCCUUGCCGGAGCCUCUGCAGCACCCGCUUUCCGAGUCCCACGCAGGACUGAGGACCCCACAAAUAAAACAACAAAUCCAA